AUGGCACCCGCGUCGCUCGCUCCUGGCGACCGCGCGGAGGGCGACGGCGGCGACGCGGCCGAACCUCCCGGGCGCACCGCCGCCGGCGCACGUCCCUGUGCCACUCCCGCCCACCCCACCGACAACCACCCCGCCGCCAGCCCUCAACUAGCGCCGCAUGCCCGGCCUCGUCUUGAAGCCCGGAGAUCCGCCGGCGCGCCGCUGAGGACUGCAACGCCAUGCCCGCCGGGGAGCUCCUUCCAGGAUCGCCUUCUCCGCGAUUUCUACACCACUGCGGUUCCAGGUGCCAUUGCCCCAAACCCUUCCGCCUCGCUUUGGGUCACACCAGCCACGAAAGAUCCCCGCUACAACCUUGCUUUUGUUACGAACAUGCUUAACUACAUGCUCACGGUCAGUCCGGGUCGCCUGUGUGUCGUCCGUGUGCGUUCUAGGGUGUUCCGGUUCACUGUCUCGUGUCAAAACAUUGCGAAUGUUCUUGCCAUCCGGGGUACUUUGUGUAUGGGUUCGUCUAUGCUUCACCUCCAUGCUACUAUGGCGGCCGCCGUGCGCGCGGCCGGCGCUGUGGACGACGGCGAGGUGCCACCCAGGACAGCUGCAUUCAUGGCGCAACAACCAGGCAGCAGAGCAGUAACUGGCCCCCUUUCGAAACACAGAGCGGUUCAGCGGCCCGUGGCUCAAGGUGUGCCUGCCAGUGGUUCGUCUGCUGCCAAUUCACGCCCAGGGAUUUUCUUGUCCCCCCAGCGGGAAAAGCGACUGCACCAUGCCGACAGCUCGCCAAGCGCGUUCGAGAGCAGCCCACCCGCCUGUUCAGCACUAACUGCGCCGAACCAACCCGCUGCCUCAUACAAGCAAGCCCUCCUUACUCCAGCAGCGCCGCCCAAAACAGCCAGACGCCCACCCCCCAUCACCAAACCCUCUGCCUGCUUCCGCUGCCUGGCAUCGGACCAUCUUGUGAGCGCCUGCCGGGAUCCCGUCCGGUGCCGCAACUGCCGCGGCUGCGGCCACCGCCUCCGCGACUGCAAGAUGCCGAUUGCCCGCGUCCUCACGCCGAUGCCUCGGCCUCGCCACCGCCGCGCAACGCCCACCAUCCCCACCCCCACCCAGCGCGCGCCGGUUCAUGCUGUCACCUUUUCCCCACGAUCCGCCUCACCCCCGGCUCCAAUGGCGUCACCACCCCCUGCCCCUGCACACGCUCCUACCUGCAUUGCCGCUCUCGACCCGCUUGGCAUGAUUGCCUCCUCUAGCAUCGAGGAAGCUAGCUUUGAGCUGCCCUCUGGGCUGGCGGCUGCCGUGGACACGCUCCGCGCUCAAGCUGCUAACAUGCUCCAGCUCGCCGCCUUGCUCUCGGCUAUCAAGCGCUCCCUGAAAACCCCUGCUAACCCGACAAAUGUGGAGUUGACUCACUCUGCUGUUACAACCGAUGAUGAGGACCCCGUGGCGCCACCUCCUUCAUCGGCUAGGUCCUCGGUGCGCAGCAAAGUGGUCACCAAGCGUGGACGGCGCCCACGAGUUGGUCUGCAACUCAGCGCUCCUAAGCCUCAGCGUCAGAGCACACGCCUCGCUGAGAAAGCUAAAGGUCUGUUCGUGGACUCAACUGAUAAGGCAGUACAGCUCAAGGCGCUCCAAAAUGCACUGCUGCCCUGCUCCUCCCAACUGAAGAAGGUUGUAGGCAAGAAGAGUCUGCUCACCCGCUCCAAGCUGCCCAUUGCGCCUGCAGACCUUCGCCGCAUGGUUGCUGCUGCAGGGAUUGGGAAGAAGCCCGCGGUGCAUAAACAGACCGCAUGA